UCUUCUUCCAUUUACUCUUCCUCCCAUAACACACCUCACGAUGACGACCAUAGACCACACGGCGUACCCAACCAUCAUGGACAAGAUCAUCGCCCACGCGUCCAUGCAAGCGCUAUUCAAGCUCCGUCUCACCUCGACCUCCUUUCGCGCCCGCGUCGACGCGCAGGUCGGCACACACGCGCUGCUCAGUACCGACCGCAUGCUGGGCGUGAAGAAUGAGGGUAGCGACCGCAACAAGCUCAGGACGUACCUCCUCAAGAAGCAUCGUUUCUCGCCCGGUCCCACGAGCUGGGCGCUGAACACCCCGCCCUCGACGGCACGCGUCGUCGAUAUUCACGACGCGUUGCUCGACAUGCCGGACCCGAGUCCUGUGCUGCGCGGCUUCCCCUCCGUCUCGACGGUGCGCCGGCUCUGGCUUGGCGACCCCAGCCCGCAGAUGAUGGAUCUCGUCUCCCCACACAGCACAGUGGUCGACUUUAUCACACUCCCUCUGUCGCAGACGUUCGAAGGCAUCUAUCUGUCAACGGGUAACCGGCACAUCAUCCACCUUCGAGUCGGAGACACGACCAUCACAUCCCACCUUAAGGUACUCGGUAGCACUGACAGUGUCACCAUUGUCCUUUGGAGGCAUUCCGCGACCGUUGGCAAGGAGUUGUCAAUGUCGACAAAGCUGCGUCUCCUCGACAUUUUGCUAACCAUCCUCUCCCAAUCGCCCCUUCAUUUCACCGUCGCCGGACUCCAGCAUGUCGUCGAGACCGACGACUACGGUCACAUUGUCGACAACGUGAAGCGCAUCCACAGCAUGAAUCCCGACAGUGACACCGAAAUGAAGAUCCUCACGAUCAACGAGUGGUGGGAGGAGCUCGAGGCGGGGGAGAAGGAGGUCAUCGGCAUGUGGCCGUCCGAGUAUGACGACAUGAAGGUGUAGAUAUCGACAACACCCGAUGGCGGCCGAAAAUCACACUGUGAACGAAAACAAAUAGCAAGAUGUCGAGACGACGAGAGCCGACAACAAGUCAAUGGAGCCAAACAUGAGGACAGCCUGGGCGUAUGUGCAGUAGCUAAGAUGAACAUGGGCGCGAUGUGUAACGCGAGGAGCGGCGGGGCGACCAUCUCAACGGCGGGCAAUCCAGCUGACGCACACCGUCCAGUGCGAGCGGCACGCACUUGUUUGGCAUAUUGUCUCAGUCGCACCCACCGCCCACCAC